AUAUCCCUACAAUGCUACGUGCAUGGAGAAGGCACUCCACAUGCAAGCUGCUUUAUAGAGAGAGAAACUAACUGAGUUUUACAGAGAGAAAUAGAAAGAAAAAAGCACCGAGUUUUAGAGAGAGAAACUAAUUAGCACUCAUCAUCAUGGGUAGCUUCUUAUAUAUAAGUAGUCUACUUUUGACGGCGAUGGUCGCCGGCGUCAACUCGUGCCCGGCGGCGGACAAGGCGGCGCUGGUGGCUUUCAAGAAUGGGCUCCAAGAAUACAAGCUGGGGAUCUUUGACACGUGGAAAGGGGAUAACUGCUGUAAAGGGUGGUACGGAGUGAGUUGUGACCCGGAGAUUCACCGAGUCGCCGACAUUAACCUCCGAGGCGAAUCGGAGGACCCGAUUCUGGCGAAUAAAACCGGGGUCAUGACCGGUUCGAUUUCGCCGGAGAUUUGUAAACUCGAGCGGCUCUCCAGCCUCACUAUAGCGGAUUGGAAGGGGAUUGGUGGGAUCAUCCCGGAGUGCAUUACUUCCUUGCCGUUUCUCCGAAUCAUCGACUUGAUCGGAAACAAGCUCUCCGGUCGGCUUCCGGCGGAUAUAGGCCGGUUGAGCCGGCUCACUGUGUUAAACGUGGCGGACAACGCCCUCAACGGCCGGAUCCCCCGGUCCAUCGCUAACCUCACCGACCUGAAGCAUUUAGAUCUCCGGAACAACAGAUUCUCCGGCGGAAUCCCGAGAACUUUCGGCCGGCUAAGAAUGCUGAGCCGGGCAUUACUAAGCGGAAACCGGUUCAUCGGUCCGGUCCCCAACUCGGUUUCCUACAUCUACCGUCUCGCCGAUCUAGACCUCUCAAUGAACCGCCUCUCCGGCCCAAUCCCGGCUUCUCUGGGGAAAAUGCCGGUUCUCGCCACACUAAACCUCGACGGCAACAAUUUUUCCGGCAGCAUUCCGCCGCAGUUGCUGAGCUCCGGCAUAAGCAUACUAAACCUUAGCCACAACGCCUUUGAAGGCCACAUCCCAGACGCUUUCCUCCCCAAAUCAUACUUCAUGGUAAUGGAUUUAUCCUACAAUAAACUCACCGGAAAUAUUCCAAGCUCGAUCAAAUCCGCGUCAUAUAUCGGCCACCUUGACGUCAGCCACAACCACCUCUGCGGUCCAAUCCCGUCCGGUCCACCGUUCGACCGGCUGGAAGCCUCAUCUUUCGUCUACAACGACUGUCUCUGUGGGAAACCACUUAGAGCCUGUUAAUUAAGAUAACAUAAUUUUAGUAUUAUUGGAUAUUAAUUAAUAUCUAUAUAUAUUUUAAUUUUGUGGGUUGAUGUAUAAUUUUAAGAUAAAAAUAUAUUUAUCUGCUUUAUGUGGUAAGUUACUAAAGUAACGAUCUUGUCUGUACUUGUGGUUUUUUUUUUUAAAUAGUAAAAUAUUUCAUGCAUAAA